CAAGCUUGUUAGGAAACCUUAAUCGAGAAGGUGUCACUUUAGACUUCACUUGGCUCUUCCAGCCAUCACCAUUCUUAUGCGAAUACAUUGUUCAUAAUUGGCUGCGCGAGUGCGAGUGCGAGAAAAGACCCAUGAGGAUGGAUAUUACGGGGAAUACGCGUAUUUAUAUUCUCCGAGUAUGCAGAUCAGCAAAUACACUGACCACUAUUGGAUAUUCAAGUUUCACGUUGGUUGUGGAACUGCCAUCUUAAUAUCUUCGACGACGACUAAAAGUGGCAUGUCAAAACAAAUGCGAGGUCCGAGAAACACUUCUUUAUCGGCUCUACUUGCGGGCAGCCAACGUUGACGGCGUUGAGAUGUGCAUAAUGUCCGGCAUUGAUUUUCUAAAUUUUCUCAAUCUUCUAAGAGGGGGGCCCAGCAACUCUUCGUCUGGUAGUGGGUGUCCCCGGGGUCUUUUGAUCCACGAUGAUGGCAGUGGUCAUCAUAGGCAGUGCAGAACUCGCUAUGUUGCUUGCCUUGUGCGAGUCGUUUCUUCGGACCGUCCUAUGAUAGGUUCAUCUAAUAUGACAGGACUUAGUUGAAGUGUUGUAAUACAGGAAGUCUUCGAUGAGAAGGGGGCUGUUCUGGAAGCUUUUGAUAUGAUAAAUACCUCGAUCUGCUGCUCUAGAACAAUAUUCACAAUUCACUCACAUUAAAUCACUUCAAUUUCGAAUACACAAUUACUCCUGCAAGCCAAUAUGAGACUUAACGUUCUUCCCGCUACUCAAGCCUUUGGCUUGGUCACUGCUAGAGCUUACUAUUACCAACAAGAUGCCAUUAAUGACAUUGAAGGUGUUUGGAUGGCACCUACAGAUACCGACUUCCGCGGUCCAUGUCCCAUGAUGAACACCUUAGCAAAUCAUGGAUUUCUUCCACGCGAUGGCAGAAAUCUCACGGAAUACAACGUUGUCAAGGGUCUCAACGAUGGUCUCAACUUCAACAAAUCUCUUGCAACAGUAAUGUUUCAACAAGCCAUACCAGCUAGCCCAGCUUAUCCCAAUACAACCUUCUUCACCCUCGACGAUCUGAACCGCCACAACGUCCUCGAACACGACGGAAGUAUAAGUCGUUCCGACGCCUAUUUCGGCAACAACCACGUUUUCAACCAAACCAUCUUCGACACCACAAAAGUAUACUGGCCCUCCGAGGUCCUCACCGCUCAGCAUCUCGUCGACGGUAAACUCUUCCGACAAAUUGUAUCUCGCUCCACCAACCCCAACUUUACAUUCACCUCCACCACGGAAGCAUUCAGUCUUGGAGAGAUGGCCGCGCCAGUUGUCGCUUUCGGUGAUAAAUUUGCGGUUACGGCGAAUAGAACUUUGGUUGAGAGUUGGAUUGAAAAUGAACGAUUACCUACUGAACUGGGAUGGAGUAAACCAGUCGAGGAGAUCACUUUGGAAGAUAUCACAUACGUGACAGAGUAUCUUGGUAAUCUUACCACGGUUCAGAGUGAUAUUGUUCUCACACCAAGAAAUCAGACUACUAGUGCCCAUGCUAAACGUAUGGGUCAUUGGGGCAUCUCCAUGUAGAAAACUUGGUAGGAGAUGCGGGGGAAGCAUAGCUGGGAUGAUUUGGGAUAGACAUUUGGCUAAAUUGGAUGAACUUGCGUGGCGUGUAAGGAUAUAUUGGCUUCCUUUUUGUAUAUAGAUUCUAAAUUUUUGAAUGGGAUACUUCUUCGGCUUGAACUUUCGAGUGUG